UUUAUCCAUCCACCCAUGCCCUGGUAACAUGAGGGGGCCUCUGGAGGCAGCUGCUAGAGGGAUUAAUUACACCACAACAGCAUCCAUAUCAGCGGACCUGGUUCUAACACAUUAGUUCCCAACUGUUAAAACCACAGUUUUGUCUUCUAACAUAAAUGGACCCUAUCCAUGGCACUGAACUGUGUCAUGCUCUUGGACAGAGUUAAACUGUAGCAUGUUUUCGAGACAUGGUUAAAAUAAAUUAGGUUCCAGCUACACUAAAAGACAGAGUCAUGUUUUACACUAACAUGGAUAUUAUUAUAGUUGAGCCCUGAGUGGAAUCAGCUUACUUCCUCCUCCCACCCAAAGGAAGGAGCCUUAGCUGUUUCACAAUUAAUUUGUGUAUUCAUAUCCAUAUUGAGAACACAUCAGGUAAAGUAAAAAUGAAUUCAUGCUUCAGGACAUUAAAGCAAUCGCUAACUGACUAAAGCCUGGAAGAAACUUCCUUUGUGGGUACGGUAGUGUUUAGUUCUCCCAUUAUGGGAGUCUUAACAGAGUUCUCUGAAACCAUCUGAAACUGGCCAGAUAGGAUAGCAGACUAGAUGGACUAUUGGUCUGAGUGCGUCUGGUAAUUCCCAUGUUCCAAGAUGGGGCAAAGGACAGGAGAUAGUUUUCUCCUUUCCCCUCUCCAUCAGCAGUGGAGGAUGGACUCUUUCUGUUGCUUCUGCUGCUUUUGCAUGCAGUGACAGCACUGGGAAAAGAUCUGCAACAAGAACUGCUCCAAGAACUCACCCAGGCUUUGGCUAUGGCUGUUCCUAUAGCGAUUCUUGAUUGUGACCUCUUGCUCUAUGGCCGAGGACACCGGACGCUAGAUCGCUUCAAGCUGGAGGAUGUUACCGAUGAGUACUUGGUGUCCACAUAUGGCUUCCCCCGACAAUUCAUUUACUAUCUAGUGGAUUUGCUGGGAGCCAGCCUCUCUCGCCCUACACAGCGGUCCAGAGCCAUCAGUCCAGAGACACAGAUUCUUGCUGCAUUAGGUUUUUACACUUCUGGCUCCUUCCAGACUCGCAUGGGGGAUGCCAUUGGCAUCAGCCAGGCCUCCAUGAGCCGUUGUGUUGCCAAUGUCACUGAAGCACUGGUGGAGAGAGCCUCACAAUUUAUUCAUUUUCCAGAGGAUGAAGCCUCUGUGCAGAGUCUGAAGGAUGACUUCUAUGGGCUGGCAGGGAUGCCUGAAGUGCUAGGGGUGAUUGACUGCACCCAUGUGACAAUCAAAGCACCCAAUGCUGAGGACCUAUCCUAUGUGAAUCGAAAGGGUCUUCAUUCUUUAAACUGCCUAAUGGUGUGUAAUGCUAGAGGAGCACUGCUGAGUGCAGAGACACACUGGCCAGGCAGCCUGCAGGACGGCACUGUGCUGCAGCAGGCAGCUCUUAAUAGCCAAUUUGAAGCUGGAUUGCACAAAGGUGGCUGGCUACUUGGUGACAGCUCCUUUUUUCUCCGCACAUGGCUGAUGACCCCUCUGCAUAUCCCUGAGACCACCGCAGAGUACCGUUAUAACAUGGCACAUUCUGCCACUCACAGUGUCAUUGAGCAGACAUUCAGGACCAUUCGAUCCCGGUUCCGUUGCCUGGAUGGAUCCAAAGGCACCCUGCAGUAUUCUCCAGAGAAGUCUAGCCACAUCAUUCUGGCCUGCUGUGUGCUCCAUAACAUCUCUCUUGAACAUGGGCUAGAUGUGUGGUCUUCCCCAGCAACAGGACAGAUGGAGCAACCAGAGGAAGAAUACGAGCAAAUGGAAUCACUGGACUCUGAAGCCUGUCGAAUCCGCCGCGAGCUUUUGCUUUCUCAUUUUAGCUAAUAAAGCGAGGGAUGGAGAUCUGUACAGAUGUACCUGAGGAAAAUAUGGGAGCAAAUACACUCUCGCUUUCUUUAAGUUAGUAAAGAGAAAAAAUAAGAUAGGCAUGGGAACUGGGGAAGAAAGGGAAACACUUGUAACAAAUUCACUCUGUUUUAGGGGAUAUUUUAUAUUUGCCAGACUCUUGAUUCCUUUGUAAAUGUUGUUCUGAGCCCUGAAUUCUCAAUACCUAAUGUGUGCAGACCCCACCUUGUCUAGAGGAUAGUUAGGCAGGGACAAUAAUGUGGGAUCGUUUCCCAAUAAAAUCACCUCCAAUCUUCUGA